AUGCCAAUCAUUCAGGGAGAAGUGAGGUCUCCAGGAACACAGGCAGGACACCAACAUGCCGUCACCAAAGGCGAAGUCGACGAUACAACGGUUUUCUAUAAUCUCAACAAAGACAAAGCUGGGCCUCUAGCACCAGGGUCUGAGAAGAGACUUGUGCAAAAGAACUUUUGGUUCCUCCUAGGACAGACAUGGUGGAUUGCCUUCCUCAUCCAUCUGGAUAAGUCAACUUUGUCGCAAGCUAGUACUAUGGGCAUCUUUAAGGAUGUCGAGAUGACGAAAAAGCAGUACAAUGAUCUCUUUGUAGUUUUCUACACCGGCUAUCUCAUUGCUCUCUGGCCCGGUGCCUGGUUGUCCCAGCGCACAGGUCAAAAGCAAUUUAUCGUCGGCUCCCUGUUACUCUGGGCUUUCUUGCUCGGCAUGCACCCACUUGCGAAGACAGGAGGGCAGCUGAUGGCUCUCCGGUUUAUCCUUGGCAUGACCGAGUCCCAGAUCGUUCCGAGUACCACGAUCCUUCACCAAGCAUUUUUCCCUCCCAAGAAAAGCCCCUGGGUACAACUUCUAUGGUGGGCUUCAGGAAGCCUGGCCAACGUUUUGCUUACCAUGGUCGCCUACAAGCUCAUUCUCCUAGAUGAUAGUCAAGCUCUUGUUGGUGGCCUUUCAUCAUGGAAAUGGUUGCACAUCAUCUGCGUCAUUCUCACGUUCAUCGUCUGUGUGCCUCUGGCGUUCUUCUUGCCCAACUCUCCGGUGGAAGCGAAGUGGUUAUCAACAGAGGAAAAAGUUCAUACCAUCUCAGCAAUCCGCAAUGCCCAUUCCGGAAUCAAGAACUCUUCCUGGAAGUGGUCGCACGUCCGUGAGGCUUUUACGGACCUCAAAAGUUGGCUGUUCAUCUUCCAUAUGUUCUUCAACGAACUUCCUAACAACACAUCACAACAACUACCGCUAAUAAUUGUCGGGUUUGGCUUUACAGCCGCAGAGAGCGCUUUGUUCAAUAUUGCCAAGCCCCUCAUCGGAUCACUGCUUAUUCUUGUUUCAGCGGCUAUGCUGUAUGGAACUCGACUGGGCACUGGCUAUACAUGUGCAAUUUCCUACAUACCAUGCUUUGUCGGUGGUAUUAUUGAAUUGGCAUCACCUUGGUCCGACAAGAUUGCCCUCGUGGUUGGCACACAAAUUUCUACGUUCAAGCCCUCUUAUCUUCUCGGCCUAUCUUGGGCUGGGACAGCAACAACCGGCUACACCAAGAAACUCACAGUGAUGUCCACAUGUGUAGUUGCUGCAGCUGUCGCAAACAUGAUCUCUCCCGAAUUUUGGCAACCCAAGUACAAGCCCCGUUACCGACUUCCUUGGGCUUUCAUGACCGCCUUCUGGUUCAUUUCUCCGGCGAUGUGCCUCAUCAUCCGAUGGUACCUGGUCCGUGAGAAUCGAAAGCGUCAGCUGAUCUUGGAGAGUGACGAAAACCGAGAAAAGCACGAGGUUCUGGACACGGGCGACGAAGUCAUCGAAGUCCACAAUGAAGAUCUCGAUCUGACGGAUCGUCAGAACCUCAAGUUCAUCUACCCCUUGUAG